AUGGAAACAACCGCUUCUGAAGCAUGCAAUUCUAUUUUAGCGAAAUUGACUCAAGACCUAAACGCUGGAAAUCUUGGAAAAUUUUUACAUUCUUGUGGAAAGUCCACAAUCUAUAUACUUGUCGACUGCAUAACAGAAUUGCAUUCUCUGGAAGAAAAUAUUAGUGAUAACGAUAAUAAAGUAAACUUGAUCCAUUUAAAGGCGGACUCACUCAUUGACUUAUCUUCUGAAAAGUUUCAUUCGUAUACUUUUCGCGAGGUUCCAUCCUGUUGGAGACAACUGCACACCGAUGCCAGUCUUGUAAAAAGUAUAUGUGAAGUUCAUUUGGCGACAACUAUACAAAAGGAAAAUGAUCAAAAUAAAAUUGAUGACAAUACGAUAAAAAAUGCUUGGAAACAAGUGAUAAAGACGUUGGAUAUGACGUUGCUAAUGUCAGGUGCAAUUGGCGAGGGAAGAAAGGAUUUGAUCUUGCAAUUGAUUUCAGUGGUCGAGAGAAAACUUGAGAAUAAUAGUAGUAAAAGUUUUUCCAGCAGUAAAUUAUCUUCAUCCUCCUCUUCUAACGAUGAUCAAAUGCCAUGUAUAAAAUAUCCGAUAUAUGAACACGAAACAGCACUAAGCUUGCUUUCUUUCACUGCUCAUGUGAAAUCAGCAAGACCAACUCCAUUCAUAAUCAAAUCUUCGAUUUCGCAUUGGCCCGCUCUUUCGACGCGACCGUGGUCGAAUAUUGAUUAUUUAUUGUGUGUCGCGGGCGAAGAGCGUAUAGUGCCAGUUGAGAUUGGUGCGAAAUACACGGAGGAAUCUUGGACACAGAGAUUAAUGGAGUUUGGCGAAUUCGUUAGGAAAUAUAUCAUAAAAGAUCAUGAUUCUUCACAAGAAAUCUCCGAUAAUAAUAUUUCGUAUCUUGCUCAACAUAAUUUAUUUGAUCAAAUUCCUCGUCUUAAAGAGGAUAUCAUAAUUCCUGAUUAUUGUUUUGUGGAUACUGAGCCUUUAGAGACGGAUAAUAGUAGUAAUAAUCUUUCUCAAUCGAACAGUAACGUACAAUAUAAGCCGCCGUCAGAUGUUAUUAUAAAUGCAUGGUUCGGACCGAAAGGCACUAUCUCGCCGAUGCAUACCGAUCCAUAUCAUAAUCUUUUGGCACAAGUUGUCGGAGAAAAAUACAUAAGAUUGUAUGCACCGGAAGAAACGACCAAAGUCUAUCCAUUUGAGAAUGAUGAUUUACUGAAAAAUACAAGCCAGGUUGACGUUGAGAAUCCAGAUGUUCAGCUAUUUCCUAGAUUUUCUUCUGCGCAGUAUGUCGAAUGCAUACUGCGUCCUGGCGAUCUCUUGUAUAUACCUGAUGGUGGCAUUACGUUCGAUCGCUGA